AUGGACUCAUUAUAAAUACAGAAGCAGCUUAUGGUUGAGUAGUUGAAUAAGUUGGAAUACAUGGAUAAAAUACUGCCUCUGCACAAGGAUGAAGUUUAAGCGGAGAAGAAACUGCAAGUGCAGAUCAAUAGUCUGAAUUUCAAAAGAAUAAUUGAAGGGCAGGAGAAUAACAAAUUGAUGGCAGAAAUAGAGGAGUCGAAGCUAGACGUAUAGAAGAGUAGACACAAAGCCUUCUAGAAAUACUUCACCUCAUUUAUGACAGAGUAAAAACAGUAAAAUGUCAAUAUUCUUGAAUUCAAUUAAAGUGAUUUCGAAGUUUUUCAAUAAAUGAAGGAGAGGUAAAGAUAGUUGGCAUAGGAAGAUCUAACAAUAGCUAGACAGAAGGAGAAGAGCAAUUAGAUAUUUGAAUAGAAUCUGAUGAAGAAAUGGGAUAGAGUGAGGAAAAGUAGUAUAUUGAGUUAUUCUAAGAAUUGCGAAUGA